ACUAGAUGAUGCUAAACUCGCUAAAACGGUGCCCGACCCUCCUCUCCGUAUGUCCGUAUCUCGGGUCUCGACUGAACGGAGUGACUGAGUCCUGACUGGUGUUGACUGACUGGACGGGGACACGGGGGACAUAAAGGUAUGGCGAAUUCGGUGCGCUUGCUGAGGACCCUCACGCAACAAACGCCCCGAAUCUUGUUGCCAUCGGCCACAGCGGCCACGCUCCCGCCUCGAAAGCACUUUUCAGGCGAAGCACUACCGGCGCACCUCACGGCGAAGGCCAAGUAUGGGGGCCGCUUCAUGGUCACCGUUUUACCUGGGGACGGGAUUGGCCCCGAGCUCAUGAAGCACGUCCGUGAGGUCUUCAGGUAUGCGGGCGUGCCUGUGGACUUUGAGGAAGUUCACCUGGAUACCGACCAUGAUGACUUGGACAACGUCGAUGAGGCCAUCAUUGCGAUCAAGAGGAAUGGCGUGGCCCUCAAAGGCAACAUAGAGACGCGGCACAACUCUCCAAAUGCCAAGUCGCGCAACGUGGAGCUGCGACUGCGGCUGGGGCUGUUUGUCAACGUGAUCCACUGCAAGAGCUUUCCGGGAGUUCACACCAGGCACCAGGGCAUCGACAUCGUCCUCAUCCGGCAGAACACCGAAGGAGAGUACAGCUGCGCCGAACACGAGAGCGUUCCUGGCGUCGUGGAGAGUCUGAAGCUGAUUACACGCAAGAAGUCUGAGGAAAUUGCUCGCUACGCCUUUGAGUUCGCCAGGCAGAAUGGGCGGAAGAAGAUCACAGCUGUGCACAAGGCCAACAUCAUGAAGCUCUCCGACGGGCUGUUUCUCAAGUGCUGCAAAGAAAUUUCGGUUGACUACCCAGAGAUUGAAUUCGACAACAUGAUCAUCGACAACUGCAGCAUGCAGUUGGUGUCUUAUCCAGCCCAGUUUGACGUGCUGCUUCUACCCAACUUGUACGGAAACAUCCUGACCAACAUCGCCUGUGGUCUUGUUGGUGGGCCUGGCAUCACAUCUGGCAGGAAUUAUGGCCACGAGUAUGCUGUGUUUGAGACGGGCACACGAAACACCGGAAAGUCAAUUGCCGGGAAGAAUAUUGCCAACCCCUUGGCUAUGAUGAAUGCCGGCGUUGACCUUCUGGACCACCUGGGGUUAAAAAAGGAUGCGACCGUCAUCAGGAAUGCUAUCGACAAGACACUCAAUGUGGACAAGAUCCACACACCAGAUCUGGGAGGCCAGGCAAGCACGCGUGACGUCGUGAACAAUAUCAUAAAGGAAGUCCAAGAAACCACACGUCUCUAGGUUUCCCAUGCUUCCCGGCAAUACCGUUCGCUCGCAAUCGCUUUUAGAGGUGUGUACACUUAGAUGCCUGCUAGAAUCCCAAAUACUCUUCACGGGGCCUAUUUAAUGAAAGUGCGUCGAUUGCUCCAGUCCCGUGUUGGAGAAAAAGUAUUUAUGUUGUACCAUAGUGCCGCGACAUUGAACAAAAAUAAUGACGAGAGCAAUGUUUUACCAACCAACCAACAGAUCAAUAAAGAUGUGUGUGUACAA